AUGACGGCGAUCUACAUCAAGAAUCGCCUACCAUCGCCCAAGUGCCAAGAUCAAACCCCGUUCGAGAUCGUCAACGGAUUUCGACCAAGUGUGAAGCACAUGCGGGUUUUCGGCUGCCGAACGUUUGUGCUGACCCCUAAGGAAAAGAGAUCGAAAUGGGAUCCAAAGGCUCGUGAAGGACGAUUCAUGGGGUACGAAGAAGUGUCAAAGGCAUAUCGCGUUUACGACAUUGAAGCGGAUCAAGUGGUGAUAUCUCGCGAUGUCACAUUCGACGAACCAACGUUUGGUUUCUCGCCGACGCUACCACAAGAAAUUGUUGAUGACACUGCGCUGGAUAUCGAAUCGAUGAACAUCAGCGAUGAGCCUCACCCUAUGGAGUUCAAGCAAAUUGGAAAACGCAAAAGCCGUUCAAACAGCCAAGAACAAGCUCUACAACGGACACUUCCUGAGCGCCGUGGAACCGGGUUCGAAGAAGCAAGUGCACCGGAUGACUUUGAAACGCACCAAGCGAAGCGACGGUCAAGCGCUCGAGCAAAUCUGGACGAAGAGCGAAAGGGCAGUGACGAAGAUAACGAGGAUGCUACACCUCAAGUCUUUUGGCGAGUGAGUGUCAACGCAGUCGAAGGUACUGACUUGUCUGAGCCGACAACGUUUAAAGAUGCUGUUGAUGGACCGGAUCAAGUGCAUUGGUGUGAAGCAAUCUGUGCUGAGUUGGACUCGAUGAAACUUCGUGGCGUGCUUCGAGCGCCCAAACAGCCAGCUGGACAGCAUACCAUUGGCACCAAGUGGGUAUUCAAUAUCAAGCGGAAAGCUGAUGGAUCCAUCGAGAAAUACAAGGCGCGUCUCGUGGCAAAAGGGUUCAAGCAGAAAUAUGGCAUCGACUACACGGAGACGUUUUUGCCGGUAGUCAAGUACGUGACGCUGCGCAUGGUAGUUGCAAUCACGAAGUACUUUGACUGGACACUGGACCUACUGGACGUGGUGACAGCUUUGCUAUGCGAAGAGAUGAAGGAAAAGGUAUUCUGCGCGAUCCCAGAAGGGGUCGAAGUUGAUGAAGACUUUGACUGCUUCGAAUUGUUGAAGGCGAUCUACGGACUAAAACAAGCAUCGCGCAUUACAAGUGGCGAGUGCGUGCUUUUGCUGGUAUACGUCGAUGAUGUGUUGGUGACUGGCAGCUCGACCGAACUGAUUAUGCGCACCAAGAGUGGCUUGAAGGCGCGUUUCGAAAUGACUGACAGCGGCAAGUGCGCAUUCGUGUUGGGCAUCGAGCUGGUGGACAACGACAACGGUAGCGUGACGAUGUGCCAGCGACGCUACGUGGAAGAUGUUCUCAAGCGUUUUGGCAUGAGCGACUGCAAAGCCGUCACCAGCCCAAAUCAGUUCUUGACUCAUACCAAGCAGUGCAGUAACCAAAAUUGA